AUGGGGCUGCUGGUGUCCGUGUGCCUGGCCCCGCCGUGUGCAGUGCAUUGCCAGCAGUGCCAAAUUCAGCGCUGCAAUGCUGAUUACGUGGCUGCUACAUCUCCUAACCAUGCUUUGCCGGAGGAGACACCGCUGGAUGUGGACUAUUGCAUUGCUUUGCGGGCGUACUCGGUGUGCACCAGAAAGACAGCAAAAUCCUGCCGGGGAGACUUGGUGUAUCAUUCGGCCGUGUUCAGGAUCAAGGAACUCUUUACACAGUAUAACUGCUCCAGUGACGGGCCAACUUCCUCUGCGAAAGCUCCUAGCGCACUGGACCCUCUGGCUUCAGAGCUGUGCAACUAUGAGAGCCGAUCUGGCUUUCAGAAGAAAUUUGCCCACUGUGGAUUAUUUGGGGAUCCUCACUUAAGGACCUUUAAAGAUGAGUUCCAGACAUGUAAAGUCAAGGGAGCUUGGCCACUAAUAGACAAUCAGUACCUGUCAGUCCAGGUCACCAACGUCCCGGUUGUUCUGGGAUCCAGUGCCACUGCUACCAGCAAGAUCACGUUGAUCUUUAAGAAUUACCAGGGCUGCACAGAGCAGAAGGUUUAUCAGGCGACCACAGAGGACCUGCCACUGGCAUUCAGCGAUGGCACGAGAACCGGAGGGCAGCAGGAGGGAGCCAGCAGCCUGCGCAUCCUGGAAAAGCCAGAUGCUGGCCAGGUGGAGAUCCAGGCCAACUACAUUGGUAGCACAGUCAUCAUCCGCCAAGUGGGCCGCUACCUCACCUUUGCCAUCCGGGUGCCGGAGGAGACCCUGCGCCUCUCGGAGGAGAGCACUGGCCUCCAGCUCUGUCUACAUGGCUGUCCAAAGAAUGAGCUCAUCCAAGAGCACAGACUGAGCCUGGGGAACUCCAGCCCACUCUGGCCUAGCACCCGGCGGGCCUACACGGUGGAGACAGCCACUGAGCAGUGUCGCCACAUCCUGCAGGUGGAGGACUUGUAUUUCCAGUCUUGUGUCUUUGACCUGCUUACCACAGGGGAUCCUGAGUUCUCCAUGGCGGCUUAUGGGGCCUUGGAAGACUUGAAGGCCUUGUAUCCAAGCAAACUCAAGUUGCAUACAAUCUCCAAGACUAUUAACAUGGCCAGCGGCACGCUGGGGCCUGGUUUGCCCGCUGCCUCAUUACUCUGGUGUGGUCUGGCCUUCCUAAGGCUGCUCUGGUGCUGCUAAUGAGGGUGGACUUCUUGCUACUAUUGGACCCUAUGUAGGAAGAGAAAAACCCCUGACAUCUCCCUUUCCUGGAGCAGAGUGGAAGGUCCAAAUUCUCCUCCCUCCACACUCAUCUGCUCAUUCCAGCUGGCUUGCUGUUUCAGUUGCUAAUUGAAGGCAAAGUGUAGCUUGCUCAGAUAUUCUGGUCUCCAGUCUUGACCUGCAGAAACCACAGCUGCCUUUUGAGUGAGAAUUGGGGGACCAGUGCUUUGCUUAGUAGGUUGGCCAGACUCCACUGGUCUUCUCCCCAGGCAAAGCUGCCCCUGUCCCAUAGCAUCUGCUUACCAGCCCCUUCUCUGUCACUGAGUUGCUAGCAGAAGGCCCCCCAUUCCUUCCUCGCCCUAUUCUCCAGGCAGAAUCUCCUUUGGCUUUCCCCAUUGGUGGUCCUUUGAGGGUCUCCUCUGCCAUUCCAUGGCUGCUGGGCUUCAGCCACAUGUUCCAGGCUAGGUUGACCCCAGACUGACUUGUUAAUUUUUUUAACCAGAAUUCCCUGUGCUGUGAUGACCAGACGAGGGGAGAGGGGUGACACUAAGUGUCUGGGGUAGGUAUUAGGAGUGGCCCCUUGUUCUCAUUCCUCUCCACAUCCACAGUGAUGGUUUUAGAAACACAACAAACCAAGAAGCAGUGGUGGCAGUUAGCUACGUUGCUCAGAGUGAGGGCCAGAAGGAAACUGUGGCAGGUGACCAGUAUUCCCUCUAAUUUUUUCCAUCUGUAAGUGGAAUACAUUUUGUUAUGUUUGCUGAGGCAUGUGUACCACCAGCAGAAACAUCUACUGCUGGCUGUCGGUGCUCUGCUAAUCAGCUGGCAUUUGAAUCUUUCCUGGGUUCCUGCCCAAGCGCUUAGCUCAUGGGGAACAUUUGCAUGUGAUACUUGACUCCUUUUUAAUGGCCCUGAGGAAAAGCUGCUGGUUUGAGCAACGCUCAGAGUCAC